AGGCAACGGCUUGUGCCUAUUUAAACCCACCUCUCCCCCUCUUCUUCCUCCCCCUCUCACUUCCUCCUUCAUCGGUCACCUUUGUAUUUGCAUUUCUCUCACAAAUACCCACUUUAGCUUUUUCUUUCUUUGCUCAUUUCGAGUUUGGUUUCUGAGCAAAAUGGUAUUCGAGGAAAUCUACAGGCAGGGUCAGAGGCAAAAAUAUGACUGCCUUCUGUUUGAUCUGGAUGAUACUCUGUAUCCUCUUAGUUCUGGUAUUGCCACAGCAUGCCGCAACAAUAUAGAAGGUUAUAUGGUCGAAAAGCUUGGCAUAGAUAAGAGCAAAAUCCCUGACUUGUGCAACCUUCUGUACAAGAACUAUGGAACAACAAUGGCUGGUCUUAGGGCAAUUGGCUAUGACUUUGACUAUGAUGAAUACCACAGUUUUGUUCAUGGAAGACUACCUUAUGAGAACUUAAAACCCGACCCUGUUUUGAGAAGUCUUUUACUGAACCUGCCUUACCGCAAAGUUAUCUUCACAAACGCAGACGAGGUCCAUGCGGCCAAAGUGCUUAGCAAGCUUGGAUUAGAAGACUGUUUUGAGGGGAUUGUCUGCUUUGAGACCCUGAAUCCUACUCACAAGAGCACUGUUUCUGAUGAUGAAGAUGACAUUGAGUUUGUGGGUUCACGCCCUACUGCUGCUGCUACUAGCUCUCAAAUAUUUGACAUCAUUGGGCAUUUUGCUCAGCCUAUCCUCGUUUCAGGAUUACCAAAGUCACCCAUUGUCUGCAAACCUUCAGAAGCCGCCAUAGAACAGGCUCUCAAAGUAGCCAACAUAGAUCCUCAGAGAACUUUGUUCUUUGAGGACAGUGUCCGCAACAUACAAGCUGGAAAACGUGUGGGUCUUCAGACUGUGUUGGUCGGCACUUCCCAGAGAGUUAAAGGUGCGGAUUACGCGUUAGAAAGCAUUCACAACAUUAGGGAAGCAAUACCGGAACUGUGGGAGGGUGACAUGAAAUCAGAAGUUGCUUACUCUGGCAAUGUUGCAGUGGAGACUUCUGUGACAGCCUGAUGUUAUUCAAAAGAGAAAAUCUAUGUAUUUGGGAUCUUAGCAUCAUCCCCAUCCCCAAUCUCAUUGUGCAUAUGAUGUAGCCGCUUCUUUGUGAUUAAUUAUUUUAUCCCAAAAGUGGUCCUUUUCAUUUUGGCUACAA